UUACUUUGCUAUCGACGCAGAGUACAACAACGAAAUUCGUGGACGUAACAGAAAUUUAUGCGCCGCCAUUUUCGAUGCUUCCGGUAAGCACCGAUGUUACGUCGACAGUGGGACUGGGUCGACUGCAGUAACUGGCUUUCCUUUUGAUUCCACAACAAACGAGGAGUUCACUAUAACUUCUACCGCAGACAUGCCGUCGGUGACAACGCCACCGACGGUAAAAAUCUCCACUACCACGUCUGCUACGGUAGAAGAUAAAACGCCUACAACGUCCGAGACCUCUUCGCUGUCGAUAGCAUGGGCCGGUGAAAGCUUAGUAACCGACCGGACGACCAUUUUAACAACCGGAAGUGGAAAUAAAUCAAUGUCUAAUACCACCGAAAGUUCUUCACCGACGACGACGAUAUUAAAAUCCAUCACAAGCACGUUUGCGAAUGAUGAAAAUAAAACGUCUGCAGAUCUUGUGACAACGUUUAUGACCCCUUCGACGUCGACAGCAAUAAACGGUGAUAUCGUUGUUAUUGAACGGACUACGAUUUUUGCAACCGGUAGUGUAAAUACACCAGAUUCUGAUUCCACCGAAAGCUCAGUUACUAAGCAACAAACGGACAAGUCCAACGAUGGACAGGAAGCGGCUUCUGCUGCGGUCGCGGAGAGUGCAGCGGUGGCAGAACCAGAGGAUACGGGGGCUAUUGUCGGUGGGGUGGCGGCACGUUGGGCGCUGCUGCAGCCGCGGUGGGCGUUGUGUUGAUGUGGAAACUGGGCGUGGUGAAGCGAUGUUCGGGGAAAUUCGGUCCUUGGCGAAGUAGGGUGGGUCAUUAUGACGUCGAAAAGGCAAAAAGUGUUCCUGACGUCAUCAUGAAAGGAAAAUCAACUUCACAUCCGCCAACCGCUGAGAUAUCCAACGGUAUCUUGGCAACAUAGACCGGAAGUGGAAAUAUGACGUUUAUAAUGUGAUACAUCAGAAAUCAUUUAGAGUGUUUAUAUGCAUUAAUUUGUGACUGCUAAUAUCCGUUUAAGUUAUCAAUUUAACAACUUUC